UCGGGUGUACAAAAAUUUCCCGGACGACGACAACAAGUGCAGCAGCAGCAGCAGCUGCUCGCGGGACGCGUAACAUACUUAUAAGAGUAAUUAGUAAACAGUGAGUGUAAUAGUGAAAAGAAAGUUGUGUACACUCCUUCCGCAAAUAAUAAUAAUAAUAGCCCGUUCCCAAUGUUGUGAUUGUACUGAACUAAUGUGUUGUUCGCGCAACGCGCUCGAAUAUUCCCCACCUAAGGCGGCGACAGCGUAAACGAAAAAAAAUAAAAAUGGUAUUCCACGACGACAUUGGAUUCGCAGCGAAUCGCCGCCGCCGCAAUAACAAUCGUCGUCGGCCUACAAGUGGUUUCACUACUACUAUUACUACCACUGUUGUUGUUGUUUCUGUUACUAGUUUUACUACCGCAACUACGAGACGUAGUGGUCGUACUAGUUUUACCACUCGCGCGACAGCCUGCUCGCGGCAGUAGUCAAAUGCACGCAACCCGAGGACGAUCGGCCGGCGCUCCGUUCUUGUCAUCGUCGACGCGACUAUAGACGGUGUAGCUGACGCGUAACAAUUGAAGACGAGGUGGUGUCUUCUGAUCGCCUUGAUCGUCGCGACCGGUUUCCCAUUUCCGUCCGGCCGUCACUGUAGUGUUGUCCGCCGACCAAGGCAGUCGGUGUCUCGCGUGAAGACCGUCCUGUCCACAAGGCCGUUGACUGCGUAGCCAGGCAGUCAUCCAUUCUCAUGGACGAGCGAAAAUGGGCGAUUUAACGUUCUACACCGUUACCUACAACGUUGCCACUAGAUCUCCCAGACAACCCCUAGAAGAUUUGCUACAAUGGAACGGCCGCACGGAACACCAGCUACCAGAUUUUUGUUUAUUUGGGUUUCAAGAAAUCAAGGCUCAACCUCAAAACUUAUUACUUGAUUCAGUAUUUGAUGACCCUUGGACAGCAGCUCUUAGGGAUGUGUUAAGUGGCUAUCAUUAUGUGAAAAUACGUACUGUAAAAAUGGUCGGAUUGCUGUUAAAUAUAUUUUGUAAACGAAAACAUGUUCCUCUUUUAAAAGAAAUGCAAACUUCAGAAACACGUACUGGACUUUUGGGUGUUUGGGGAAAUAAAGGUGCUGUCAGUUUUAGUUUUAAAAUUUAUGGGGCAACAAUAUGCUGUGUGAACUGUCACUUUGCCGCGCAUGAAGAAUAUUUAAAACAUAGAAUUAAUGAUUAUCACACAAUCAUUGGGAGUCAACAUUUUGGUUCAUCUAGAAAAGUUAUUUUGGAUCACGAUUAUGUUUUUUGGUUUGGCGAUCUCAAUUUUCGUUUAGACAAUAGUAAACUAAAGUCAGCUGAAGAAAUUGCUCGCCACGUUAACAAUGUGAAUUUAUCACUGAGAACUGCAACAACAUUACCUGACAUCUGGGCCCAAGAUGAGUUAAGUUCAGUCAUGCAAAAAUCAAAAGCUUUUAAAGGAUUUUUUGAACAUUUGCCAAUGUUUCCGCCUACCUAUCGAUAUAUUUUCGGGUCCAGCAGUUAUGAUCUCAAGAGAAGACCUGCAUGGACAGAUCGCAUUUUAUACAAAACAAUUGAUUCAUCAAAUGAAAAGUGUGUACUAGAGGUAUUAUCGUAUAAGUACAUUGAGUCAAUACGAUUAAGUGACCAUAGACCAGUUUAUAGCGAAUCCAGUGUUCAAAUAUCUAGUGAAGGACAUUUCAACAAUGUUGACCAACCUGUAAUUUUCCAACCAAUAAAGAUAUGGCAAUUAGAAACAGAAAAUGAAGUUAAUUUGCAGAUUAAAGAAUAUAUUCCAUAUGUGAAUGAUUGGAUAGGAGUAUUCCAAGAGAAAUAUACUAGUCUUGAUGACUAUAUAUCGUAUGUGUACUUACCUUCAGAGAUCAUGGAAUGUGAUGAAUCAAAUGAUGAAUAUAGACGAUUUGAUGACAUGACAUCUGUGUGUAGAGUAAAAUUUGUUCCUGAAGUAUUUUCAGAUGGUUCAAAAAGAGUGUGUUUGAAAUUUUCAGAAACUUCAGUGCUCAAUCCAGGCACUUAUAGACUAAUAUAUUUUAGUAGUACUAAUAAUUCAGUGCUCGGAGUAUCAAAUCCAUUUAUUGCUACCAAACAAACAUGUGCGUUAAAUACAUCUCAUGAAUUUGGUUGGUAGAAUUUUUUGAUAUAUCCCUAUGUUGUAUCAUUUAAGUGUUAUGUACUUAAUUAGAAGGGAAAAUUAUUUUAUGUUUGUUCAAAACGUCCACUAGUUAUUAAUGAAAUAUUGUUUUAAAUUCUGUUUCUGUUUCAACACGUGUUUAUUAAUUGCUCAUACUAGUGUUUAGAAAUUAUCUGUGAUUAAGGCUGUAGCUAUGCAGGAUGAUAUUUUAUGCUGCAAACCGUUAUGGAUAUAGAACAAUCAUUGAAAUAUCUUUCUAGCUAUUUGCUGAUAACAUAUAACUGCUACAUCAGGUGUUCUGUAUAGUUCCAGCAAUCCAGCUUAGUUAUUAAGAUAGAUGACAAUGUUGAAUAUAAGAUGUUAAAGUUUUGAUAUUUUUAAUGUGUAUUAUAUUUUUAUUAUUAAAUAUAUUGCAAACCCAUUUUA